GGUGUGACCAUCACCAACGCACCUCCUGUCACUAUUGGUGGAUCCAUGCUCACCUUCACUUGCAAUGGAGACAAUGAAGUGAGGACCUCAACCUGUGGCAGUAGUGAGUGGUCUCCUGACCCUGAGACUUUUGCAGUCCUAUACCGAGGCAGUGUGGACAUCAGUAGUGGGACACCACCCUUCUCACUGGGUUCACAGGUCGUCUACCGCUGUGACGAUGGACUGUUCCCCCCUGAUGUGAGGACCAGCACGUGCACUGAUGUAGGGGGUAGGGGAGAGUGGGUGGAGAAUCCUGGGAGCUUGAUGUGCAGGGAGAGACCAGUUAACUGCACUGUACCUGCUGAGCCCUGCAAUGGUGCUAUAGUGGACUAUGAGUUGUUGAAAGAGACAGUGUUGGAGGAAACAGUGCAGACUUACCAGUGUGACAAUGGAUUCUCACUGACUGGACCCAACAACGUCACUUGCACCAAUGCUGGAGUCUGGAGCACUGAGCCUGAGGCAAUCAUGUGUGUGUCACCAACUGAAGAUGAAGGCCAUCAAUAAUGUCCUACUGCCACCUCCCUAUCCAUUGGUGUAGUUGCUGCUAUCAGCGUAAUUAUUACUUUCUUUGUGGCUGCCAUUCUUGGAUUCCUCACUGGACUCGUAGUGAUGCACCUUUGCUCUCGUAAGAAGGCAAUAUACUCUCUAGCAGCUAAAGGACAAGCUAACGUAGGACCCACUGCACAGCCAGUUGGUCCUGUUUGUGAGGAGGUGUCACCUAAAGAAGAGAUGGAACUUAACACUAACCAGGCGUAUGGACCAGUAGGACUGUGAACCAUGCAUUUUGUUUUCCACCCAAUGUACAUUCAUUUGUCAGAAUACAUGUAUAAUAGUUAUAUUAUAGCUAUAUAACUAUACCUUAUAAGGUAGAUUUACGUUUACGUAUUAAUAGCACAAAUACUUCUGUUCAUUAAAACCAUCAUAUGUUUGUAUAUCAACAAAAUAAGCAACAAUUAUUAUAA